CAACGAUGGAGAACGGAACUUCCAACAAUCUGCAGGAUGGACUUUCGUGCGAGGAGCUGUUCAAGAAAAGUGAUGGUCUGACGUACAAUGACUUUAUCAUCCUUCCCGGGUACAUCGAUUUUACUGCCGAAGAAGUGGAUCUUUCAUCACCGUUGACGAAGAAAAUUAUGCUGAAGGCACCGCUCGUAUCCUCUCCCAUGGACACGGUUACCGAAGCCGAAAUGGCAAUCUCGAUGGCGCUGUGUGGCGGAAUUGGCAUUAUCCAUCACAAUUGCACGCCCGAGUAUCAGGCAAACGAGGUGCAUAAGGUGAAAAAGUACAAGCAUGGCUUCAUCCGUGACCCGCUCGUCAUGGGUCCGGAAAAUACGGUCGCCGACGUGCUGGAAGCGAAGCGCAAGAAUGGCUUCACCGGGUACCCGAUCACGGAGAAUGGUAAAAUUGGCACACGCCUGGUCGGCAUCGUUACGUCGCGCGAUAUCGACUUCCGCGAGCACGAUGUGGACAUUAAGCUGAAGGACAUCAUGACGAAGCUGGAGGAUCUGAUAACGGCCCCGAACGGGGUGACGCUGCAGGAAGCGAACAGCAUUAUGGAGAAAAGCAAAAAGGGUAAACUGCCGAUCGUGAACAAAACGGGCGAGCUGGUGGCGCUCAUCGCUCGGACAGAUCUGAAGAAGGGGCGUACCUAUCCGAAUGCGCUGAAGGAUAGUAACAAGCAGCUGCUGGUGGGUGCGGCUAUCGGGACUCGUGAGGAGGACAAAGAUCGGUUGGAGCUGCUGUACCAGAAUGGGGUCGAUGUGAUCGUGCUGGAUUCGUCCCAGGGCAAUUCGAUCUAUCAGAUUAAUAUGAUUAAGUUCAUUAAGGAGAAGUACCCCUCGCUGCAGGUGAUUGCAGGGAAUGUGGUGACGCGACAGCAGGCCUACAAUCUCAUCACGGCCGGAUGUGAUGCGCUGCGUGUGGGCAUGGGUUCGGGAUCGAUCUGUAUCACGCAGGAGGUGAUGGCUUGUGGAUGUCCUCAGGCGACUGCGGUGUAUCAGGUGUGCAAUCUGGCCCGUCAGUACGGUGUGCCGGUAAUAGCGGACGGAGGUAUUCAGUCGAUCGGCCACAUUGUGAAGGCACUUUCGUUGGGUGCAUCAGCUGUGAUGAUGGGUUCGCUUCUGGCUGGAACAUCGGAAGCACCUGGCGAGUACUAUUUCAGCGAUGGCGUCCGUCUGAAGAAGUACCGCGGUAUGGGUAGUCUGGAAGCGAUGGAGCGGAAGGAUGGUAAGGGUGCAGCCAGCUCGCGGUACUAUCACACCGAGAUAGAGAAGAUGCGUGUGGCACAGGGCGUCAGUGGUAGCAUCGUCGAUAAGGGUUCGAUACUUCGCUUUGUGCCGUAUCUGCUGUGUGGACUGCAACACAGCUGUCAGGACAUUGGCGCACGUUCCAUCUCAAACUUAAGAAAAAUGAUCUACAGUGGCGAGCUGCGCUUCAUGAAGCGUACCCAUUCGGCCCAACUCGAGGGUAACGUGCACGGUCUAUUCUCCUACGAGAAACGUCUGUUCUGAGACCAACCCAACACCCAGGAGCA